UCCGUUGAGGACUUGGUGUCUGGUGCUAAGUAUCGUCGGAUUUUUUAUUUUAUUUUUUUUUUAUACAAGAAUGACUAAAAUGGAGUACUUGAAUUCUUUUUUCGUUAACCGAUUGAUGGCGGCUGCUGGGGAGAUAUUCGACGCAGUUAAAGACGCGGUAUCUGGGUACCAGCAAGAGGUUGAGCGAACUAAACAAGAAAACCGUCGUCUUAUGCGCAUGCUGGCUGAAAUGAAGGCCGUUAGCAUGGAGACGAGCCCAGCAGAUGUACACGCAAGUGAUGCUGAUGGAGUCGUUUCUGAGAAUCAGAACUUCAAUCAAGGUCCACUGGUCUCAGAUCCCUCACUAAUACAGCUGGAGCUUGCCACGAUGAAGCAAGAAGCUGACACACAACUGAAUGAAGUACCUACAAGGAUUUCUCCCUGUGCAAAGAGUGCCCAUGGUGAGGACUUAAAGUGUUUCUCAGUUAAAGCAGCUGUUCAGAAAAAGGAGGAUGAUGGCUUGCACACGAACAAAAUGAUCACAGUCAAAUUAGAAUGUUGUGGCUCCCAACUCGUCUGCCCUGAUGCCUCAGCUGCAGUGCAGAAUGUUGGCCCGAGUGGAGAGCCUGUCAGAAAUGUAGAAGUGACUCAGGGCCCCUGUCUUUGUCCUCAUUGUGAGGAAACAUUUGAUGACUUGACUUGUCUCACAUUACAUCUGCAGAAUCAUACAGAUGGACUGUUUGAUUGUAAGGUUUGUGGUAAGCCUUUCACAGAUUGUAACUGCUUAACGACGCACAAAAAGGUUUUACUCAAACAGGGUAGACUGUACCGCUGUAAGCUGUGCGGGAAAUCAUUUAGGUACCCAAAAUCACUUACUGUCCAUCUUAGAACUCAUACAGGAGAGAAACCAUAUUGCUGCAAGUUCUGUGGGAAGGGCUUCAGUCAGAAAGGUCACUGUAAUGAACACGAGAGAAUCCACACUGGAGAAAAACCAUAUACUUGUCCAUUGUGUGGGAAGGGCUUUGUUCAGUCAACUCCCCUCAAGUCACACAUUCGCAAUCAUCAUCGUGAUCAACUGCAAUUAUUAGAGGGACAGAAAACUGAAAAAGCUAAAAUAAGGGAGCUCGUAAAAAAAGGGGACCUAUUCAGUUGAAAUAAAGCACUUCUCUCCAAAUUUACAGUGAGCCACUUGCAGGUCUGUAGACAAGCAGUUGGCAUCCCUAUUCAGUGGUUCUGUUAUUUGUCAGGAAAAAAAGGACAUGUUUGCAUUAUAAUGACAUCAUCACUAAAAGCAACAAAUAUUGGAUGUGAAUGAUGGAUGUGAAUGUCCAGUGUUAUAAAUGAUUAUACCAGGAAGGCAAAGUUUAUUUUUUCUCAAUACAUUUAGUAUAUAUUUAAAGCAAAUUAGUAUUUAUUGAAGGUUUGAAUCAGAGUAAUUGUAAUAGAAUAAAACCAUUUGUCCAAGUGUUUAAGCAUGCAUUCUUUUUUUUAGGUUGCAGUGGUAUAUAUUUAAUGUCAUGUAGCUUGAGAAGGUUCUUUGUCCUGUGUGUGUGUUGUUGUUGUUUUUUUUCUCUUUUUUUAAGACACAUUUGGUAAUUAUUAGGAAAUUUGUCCUCUUUUCUUUAUUUUUCCAAUUCCUUUAAUUUAGAAUGUGAUUUCGUUUUCAUUUUGUGUUGCUAUUAUUUUGUCCACCUCUUUAGACACACAGACUAGCCAUGCAGAUGGAGCUCUUGAACAGCAAAUCCCCUGCCAGGGGCCACAGGAUUCAAAAUCUUCACUAAUACAAGUGAAGCUGGAGCUUGCCACCAUAGCAGAAGAAGAAAAGGUGCCCCACCAGCAGUUGAGUGUAGGAAAACAUGCUUAUGAUCAGGACGCAGUGGAGUCAGGGACAUUCACUACUUUGGACACAGAUGAAAGAAAUGGUUGUGAUUUACAUGCAAAUCCCUUUAUCUCACUACAAUCAGAGCCAUGUGACUCUGAAGCUAGACAUUACGAUAACAAAGACUUAUCCGCAGCUGUGAUCCAAAGUUUGCAAAGAAAGCAUUUGAAUACUAUGAACGGUAAACAAAUAUAUGAGAAACUGUCCAGUGUGCCAGAGCAUUCACAAAACCAUUUAUCUAAAAAAAUGUUCGGCUGCGAUGAGACGUUCGGAAGUGCUUCAUCAACAAAUAAACACGUGACUGCAUGGCAAGAGGAAAAGGUGUAUCGCUGUGACUUGUGUGGGAAGUGUUAUGCUUGUGCACGCAUACUCAAAGCUCACCUUAAAGCUCAUACUACAGAGAGACCCUUUCACUGCAGCGUUUGUGGAAAAACAUUCAAACUGAAGAAUCAUUUAAAGGACCACGAGAGGACUCAUACUGGUGAUAAACGGUAUAGCUGCUCGGCAUGUGGAAUGAGCUUCAUUUGGACGAAUCAGGUCAAGGUGCACAUUCAGAAUCAUCACAGAGGUCAGUCAGCUACAGUUAUUAGCAAGUCUGUGAAAAAAAGGGGUACGCGCAAUAUUUUUUAGUGCUUACUUAGUCUGUACUAGGGAUUCUGAAUCUGUCCUGUUGGGCCUACUAAAUAUGUACGCUCCUUUUUACUGUCUGAAAUUUCAUGGUUUUAAGUCAUGCUCUGUCCUUUGCCAAGUUCCUGGUCAUGGACUUUACUGUCAGAUGCGGGACUGCUUUUGUUUCAUGUUUUGAUUAUUUUGGCUGGCCAAUACAUUUGCACAUGAUAAUUGCAUAACUAAUAAAAACUAAUAAUAAAA